AUGGCCGCCAACGAACCCACGCUGUCGUCCCGGGCGAAUCAAUAUGUCCGUGAGAUCCUGCAUAAUACCGAACCCCCACCUGCUAUACCCGUUCGCUACUUUUACACGUCGCCUCUUGCGAUAGACGAUCCACUCUCGCCCGUACCGCCGCCGCCAACAGCCUCGUCGACGGCCAAGAGGGUGCCACCGCGGCCCUUCUCCGAGUACGACAAUGAAGCCAUCCAAAAGUCGUGGCACGCCCUCCGCAAAAAGAUACUCAAGCACAACGAGGAGUUUGGCGAGAAAGAUGGCACGGGGCGGGGGACGCCGACGAACCCAGCAGUGGAGCGGCUGAGGCGAAAGAGAGGAGGUAGUGCUUCCAGCGUCGAAGCCUCUGUCCAGGGCAGGGAUAUACCAGGCGCAGAAUCAGCGGCCAGAGGGCAGUACUCGAGCUCCGCCGAGAUGCUCGACAGGAAGCGGCCGGGCUCCAGCGGUGGCAGUCACGGGCACUCUGCUUCGGGCUCGCUGAAAUACGACCACGGAUCCAUAUCGCCACUCGAGCCUUCGACAACAGGCACCCCUUUUAUCCGAGCGCCGUCCCGAGGGAACAUUUCCAAGUCGUGGAGGCCUACGCCCCCAGAGGGAAGCCACCGCCCGACGAUACAUGAAGUGGAUAGCUACAGAUGGGAUGACGACAUGGAGCCUGCUCUGUCGACAGCCAAGGACAAGGCGCCAGCAAAGGCCCCCAAGCCAAAGCCGGGCCCGUCUGCAAAAGUGCCUGUUGGUGUCUCGAGACUGCAUCACGUAGUCAUGGACGCCGGCUCGAUACGAAUGGAGCCCAUAUACUGGUCGCCGCUUAGCGACGUGGCCAAGAUAGUGCGGGGGACAUGGUUUUAUAAAGACAGCAUGAUGCCCGUCGAGGUCGAAGUUGCCAACAUGCUUGAAGUCGGAUACCUUGAAAUGAAGCCCUGGACGCAGACGUGGACGGACGAGCUCAACAGCGCCGUCGAAGUCGGCGCUUUUGGUGAGAUGAAGAUCCUGCAUCAGCUCUGGCCUGAAAAGCCCAGGAAAUCAGAGAGUAGACCGUCGACUUCGCAUCAAAUGCUGCAAUCCAACGGCCUAGUCCAAAGCACGCUGGGUGACGAAGAACAUGAUCCGCAGAAAGAGCACCGUGAAAUUGUUGACAACGCAUGCGACUUGAUUGAUAUAUCAACGGGCCCCGAAGGCCCUGACCACAAGGCGGCUGGAGAUCUCGAGUACGGUGCGGACGGGCGAAAACGCCUUUAUCGGAAAGCUGGCGUCAUAUACUCCAACGAUAAGGAGGCCUAUAUCCUCAAGCCUGCACUCCAGCCGUCCGACUACUAUGGAAGAAGACCACUCGCCAACUAUAUCCGCAAAGGACGGGAGAUUGGCGUUCAUGUCGUACGGGGAUUCGACCAGGCCAUCUGGGACAAACUGCAUCCAAGCAAGAACUCGCCAAAAGCACAAGCGGCGCGCCAAGGAGUCUCAUCGUCGCAAGGUGGCGCACCACCAUACCAAAGACAAAAGUCGGAUCCUACCCUUGCGCAAUCCGAACGACCCAAAGUGACGGAUCUUGUACUGGUAAUCCAUGGCAUUGGACAGAAGCUAUCAGAAAGGAUGGAGACCUUCCAUUUUACGCAUGCGAUGAAUGCCUUUCGACGGGAAAUGAAUGUUGAGCUUGGAACGCCUGAUGUCAAGCGCCACUUGCGCAAGGAUAUGGGAGGGGUGAUGUGUUUGCCGGUCAAUUGGCGCCAUCGUGUCUCAUUGGAAGUGGACAAUACUGAAGUCGAAGCGCCAGAGGAUCCCUCUGCCAAUAAAUACACAUUGAAAGACAUCACCCCAGACACCCUACCCUCGGUCCGUGGUAUCGUAAGCGAUGUUAUGCUCGACAUUCCCUACUAUCUUUCUCCGUUGCACAAUCCCAAGAUGGUGGCCGCCUGUAUACAAGAAGCAAACCGCAUCUACCGCCUAUGGUGCCACAACAACCCUGGAUUCGCAGAGUAUGGCCGGGUUCAUCUGAUCGCACACUCUCUUGGCUCAGUAAUGGCUAUGGACAUUCUAAGCCAACAACCAACCUAUGUGGAUCCGCAAUUUACCGACCCGUCGUUCCCUGAAGCUGAGAUACCUCAGGACCAAUUUAUCUUCAACACAACCGACCUCUUCGUCUGUGGUAGCCCAGUCGCCCUCUUUCUCCUGAUGAAAAAUGCCAACCUUUUGCCGCGCCGUGACAAGGAAAAGGCCGGCGCAGACUCCUAUGCUGCACCCGGCGUGGCUGGCGAACAAGGCACGUAUGGGUGUCUUGCAGUGGAUAACAUCUACAACAUUAUCAACCCGUAUGACCCCGUCGCCUGCCGCAUAAACCCAACCGUGGAUAUAUCUUACGCCUCGAUGCUCAAACAAGCAACUAUCCCAUCAGCCUCAACAUCCUACUUCUCGUCGCUCAACCCCUUCCGCUCCGCCACCUCUUCGCAACCUUCCUCAACCAACAAGCCCCUGACCAUCCGGCUCCCCAGCAAUGUUGAGCUUGAAAUACACAACUUCACACGCGAGGAAAUCGCAGAGAAGAGAAUGUAUCUACUCAACGACAACGGCCAGAUUGACUACUACAUGAAGUAUGGGGGUGGGCCAUUGGAAAUCCAAUACCUGACCAUGCUGGGCGCGCAUAGCAGUUAUUGGCUGAGCAAAGAUUUUGUGAGGAUGAUUGUCGUCGAAGUAGGCAGAGGACUAGGGAAAGCAGGUACAAUCAGCGAAAUGCGCGCUGUAAAGAAGAAACCUGUUAUUGGUGGAACUUGA